AUGCUACAACCAUAAACCUGAGAAAUGAGAUUAAUGACAUAGUGAUUGGUGUCAUGGAAUUUAUUGAGAAACCAGAAUUAAAAUCUCAUAUAUAGUUCCAGUUGGUUCUAAGGGUCUGCAAGUUGACGAAGGUAAGAAAAUUGAUGGGUUGUCUUUUAAGCUUGGGAUGAGUAGUGACAAAUUUCGUAAUGAACAGUGUGACAUGUGUAGUUUGAUGAAAGAUGUGUGUGUAUUGUUUUAUAAGAAAAUUAUAGAAUGAGAUUUGAGGAUAAUAAAUAUAAUGCUCGGGUCAUCUAAAAAACAAGCAGAGAAACAAGGUCAAUGAUUAAGAAAUUUCAUUUACAAAGGGAUCUUGAAUAAUCUCCAAUGCAAAAAGGCAUGAAUUCUUCUUUAAAAAUAUGCACAUUUGAAUUCUUUAAAACUAACCAAACAAAAAGGAAUCUUCUUCUCUGUUACUUAAUAAUAAAAUUAGAGAAUGAUUUUAGCUAGAUAUAAAAAAAGAAAAAAAAAUUCUUCUAGAAAAUGUUUUUGAACAUGCUUUCAAAAAAAAAUCACAACCAUUUUAAGAGAUACCAAAAUUUAAAAAAUAUUAAUGUCAAAAAUAAAUAAUUAAUAUACAAUAAUAUUUAUCAUGCUACUAAAUCACACCAAAUUUCAGAAAUGUAGAAAUAUACAAUAUAUGUUUAGAUUGUAAAUAUCAGAAUAAAAAAACUUUAAAUUAUAUUGAUAUCUUUAUUUAAAAUAAAAUAUUUUUAAAGACAUUAAAUAUAUAGAAAAUUUAAAAAACUUCGGCGGCGUAGCGCGGGUAAUUACCUAGUAUUUACAAUCACGUCGAGCAUUUCGAGUAUUGUAUAUUUGGAGUUAGUCUUUCACCAAUAUAAUUGUGUUACAACUUAAUAUAAGAAAAUUUGAUAAUUAUAUCUAAAAUCUCGAUCGUUUAACAAUAUAUAUAUUAUGAAAUUUAAUUACUUAAAAUAUACGUAUCAUUAUGGCAUAUCACGAAAGAAAAAAACAAGAAAAAAAAAGUUUGAAGAAACAUGAGAUCCUUGUUGGAAAAGGAUUUUGUUUUCUCCAAUAUAUAUUAGGAAUUGGUUUAAUGAUGCCGACCUCGGUAUUCUUAUAAAUACAUACACUUAUAACCCUCGAAGAAAGCAUCCCAAUUACAAAAUCACAAAUUGUUCAAAAUCAAAAGCACGUACGAAGAAGAGAAAAGAUGUCGCUGUCUUUUUCACAAACGAAGUUACUGGUAAUCCUUGUGGCCUUUGCAUGCGUCUUCUCAUCAGGCUCAGAGGCAUGGAGCUGGAGCUGGAGCUCCGGUUCAGGCUCAGGCUCGGGUUGGGAAUCCCACGGCUCAGGCGGAUCAGCCUCAGGUUCGGGUACAAACCCUGAUGGUUCGCACUGGAGUUGGAAGUGGGACACACGGUCAGGCUGGAGAUGGAGGUCAGACUCAAACCGUACGAAGCCAGGCUCAUCGAACCAUAACGUUACGAAGCCUGAAGGCUCAUCAAAUCAUAACGUUACGAAGCCAGGCUCAUCGAACCAUAACGUUACGAAGCCUGAAGGCUCAUCAAAUCAUAACGUUACUAAGCCAGGCUCAUCGAACCAUAACGUUACGAAGCCGGGCUCAUCGCACCAUAACCAUAAUGAAACGAAGCCAGGCUCAUCAAAACAUAACGAUUCGAGGUCAGGCUCAGACGAUAACGAUUCAAGGAACCCGGUCUUUGCAACACCAAGAGAGGUCGUAGUGGGAGGAUCACGUGGAUGGAACUACGGGGUGGAUCUUGAAGAAUGGGCUUCCAAGACUACUUUCCAUGUCGGCGAUGUUCUUGUUUUCGAGUACAACAAUAUGACAAACCGAAGACAUGACGUGUACUUGCAAACAAAUCUGUGGAGUUACAGGACCUGCAACUUCGAAAGUAGAAAUAAGAUUGCUUCAUCGGAGGAGAAUGGAUCUAAAGAGAGCUUCAAAUUUACUCUUGCAAUGUCACAGCCUUACUCUUUUGCAUGCGGAGAGGAUAACGGCUAUUAUUGCCGUACCUAUAACAUGAAGUUUAGCGUUCUCCCAGGCGCCUGAGUCCUCUCGUCUAUCCAACUCAACCCUUUUGCCUCUUUUGCCUCUCUAUUUUUCUUAAUGCAAUAUUAUUAUUAGAGUUGCUAUUUUUUUAUUAGUUAAGGUUUUCUUAUUUCAUAAAGAUUUUGAAGAGUUAAUAACUAGAUGAUCAGAUCGACGUCUAGAUCGGGGAUGAUCAGAUCGACGUCUAGUCUUGCUGUUGCAUUUUUGUUAUAGUCUUUGAUAGUUAGCAUAUAUAAUCCAUGGAUUGAUCAUUUGCAUCUGUAAGGGACUUACUAUUGUAUCUGUUCAAAAAUGGUUAGGCAGGGAAUUUAUUGGUAAUAUUUGUCAUUCGCAAGUGACGUUUGCUUGGUUGUCAAGUCAUCUAAGCUGUGAGCCAGGCGGACGAAGGAAAUUGAUAAAGUAUUUAAGCCGUGGACAAAGUAUUGCUUGAUCCCUUCAAAUGUUGAAAGCUUGAAACUUAUAUUACAUAUACGUAAUUGGCGCUUAUAUUUGGUAAUUUAAAUGUUUAUUUUUAUAUUUGAUUUGUGUAUUUGUGUUUUUAUUUGUACACUAAAAAGCUUAUAGAAGAUAUUUUGGUUUAUUUGGUAUUUUUUUGUGUAGAUUGUAAUGAAUAUAUAAUUUUAGUGUUUUUGUUUUUUUGAUUUAGGUUGUGUUUAAAUUUAUAAUAAAUAUUUUUGGAAAAAUUUUACUUCUACACUUUCUUUGGUACCACAUUUCAAUUAUACCACUAGUAUGGGCCUUCUUUUUUGUAUAUUUUUCCUGCACUGGAUGUAGUUUUCGGGUAAAAUGUUUUAGGAUUUUGGAAGUCUCUCUUGUUGUUUUUAUAUGUUUUAUGAAACAUAAAAUGUAAAAACUUGCAAGUGUUUUUCAUAAUUGAAACGGGUAGAGAAAUUGAAAGUAAGAAAGAGAGAUUUUUAUUAAAACUAUAUCAGAAAUUUAAGAAAUAAAACAGAAAUGAUAGAAGUAGAUAGUCUUCACUCAUAUAAGCACCCAUCAAAUGAGAAUUGCUUUAAUAGGUUCCUAUGAAGAUGUUGUUGUCGUCUUUUCAUGGGCGGAACUCAUAUCCCAACCUGUUUCCUGCAAUCAGCAUCCUAGACAUUGUUUAAAAUAGGUAUAGCUAGUGACAAUUGUUAUCACAAGAGAGGCAUGUGAAGGAUGAGACUUCUUUCACGAGCUUCUUAGCACAGCUAGCGCAGCCAAUAUAACACCAUCCUUUUUCAGACUGGAUACCAGUUACUUUGGCAGUACAGAGAAACUCGAUCACCUACAAUCAGCAAGUUGAGUUAAACAAUAAAGUGUGACUUUUGGCAGAUUGAUUGAAUAUAUUUCGUUCUAUUACCUGAGGGUCAGCUGAGAGGACAUAUUGGUUAAGCUCAGAGACAGUGAGGGUUCUAUCUUCUGAGCAUGAAUCAGCUUUGAUGAAGAGGAUGUUUGAUUUGAGCCAUCUCCAAACAACCUUAACAGAUGGUUAUGUUGGGUGAGGAAAAAACUAAAUCGAAAAGUAUCUAUAAUAUUCAUAGGAGAGUUACUUACUGUGUAUAAGAGCAUGUUUAUCCCUUGGAUCCUUAAUGGAUUUCUUAAUGAUUAUUUAACUAUAUAAGUGUACAUUAGUGGACUUAAGAACUCUACUAAGAAAUUGUUUGAUUUUGUGCCUCCAUUGGUAGUUUCUUAAUUAAGGGUUCUUAAGAAAAAAAAAAAAUUUAAGACAAUUUUAUUUAUUAAAUGAAACAUAAUUAAAGAAACAUUUUCAAGAUAGGAUUUUAAAUAAAAA